UUUUUACACUUCGCAGAAAAAGUCACGGAUUGAUUUGCUUUUCUUUAUUUAUUAUUUCUAUUUUAGGUUUUAUUUCAUUCGGCCUGUUUCUCGCCGGUCCAAAACCUUUGGGAUCAAUUUGUUACGUAGAUUUUGUUAACAGCACCAACAUCAAGGGACAGAUGCGCCUUAGCAAAAAUGGCAGAAGUAAUCAGUGUAGUAAUUAAAAGGACAUCAAUGGUGCGGCUUCGUAUAUUGGAAAAAACCGAACUGGAUUUAAGAAAAUAUCACAACAGUAAAUUCCCUAAACACGCUAAUUGUGACUCAAGAGCUUCAACGUUCGCCUUACGGGAGGCGGGGCUUCAAUUGAACCACUUCCGGGAUGGCUGCAGCUCGUUGUUAUGCUAGCGUGAACGCUCGUAUGAACUAGGGAGGGAAGAAAAGGAAGGGGGGUAGAUAAGGGCCUCCGACGAGGAAGUAGUGCAAUGAUAACAUGAAGCUGCUGCUGCUUUUUCUGUGAUUGCAAUCCCCGCAUCUGUUUCCUGCCUGCGAUGCCGUCCCAGCGCGUCUUUGCCCUGCCGAGGCAGCAAUCUCUGCUCCUGCCUGCCGUCAUUAACCCGUUUGUACAGGACACUCAACUCUCCAAGGCCACCAUACUCAAAUGUAUCCUCCAGGGAAUCGUCCUGGUCCCUCUUCGCGCCAUCCUCAUUUCAUUGGUGCUCAUGGUGACAUGGCCAGUGGCUGUCAUCAUCACCUUCAAGCAUCCUCUGAAGGGAGCAGUGGCACCCAUGACAGGAUGGAGAAGGCUCAUGUGUCAGAGUGUGAUGGCCGCCCUGGGGAGAGCCUACUACUUCUGCAUGGGCUUCCGAGUGGUGGUCAAGGGCAAGCAAGUGAGCAGCAGUGAGGCCCCCAUCCUGGCCGUGGCCCCCCACUCCACCUUCUUUGACGGCAUUGUGUGCAUCGUGGCCGGCCUGCCUUCCACUGUGUCCCGUGUGGAGAACCUGGCCACGCCCAUCUUUGGCAGGUUUGUACGCUGCCUCCAGCCGGUGCUGGUGUCCAGGAAAGACCCCGACUCGAGGAAGAACACCAUCCAAGAGAUCGACAGCAGGGCCAAAUCAGGAGGCCGCUGGCCACAGGUUUUGAUAUUUCCAGAGGGAACGUGUACAAAUCGCUCGUGUCUCAUCACAUUCAAACAAGGUGCCUUUAUUCCAGGCGUACCUGUGCAGCCUGUGCUUUUGAGGUAUCCCAACAAACUAGAUACAGUGACAUGGACCUGGCAAGGUUUCAGCUCGAGGACGCUGCUGCUUCUAACGCUGUGCCAGCUUUACACCACAGUGGAGAUUGAGUUCCUGCCACCUCACAUUCCCACGGAGGAUGAGAGGAAAAGUCCUGCUUUGUUAGCCAGCAGAGUGAGAGACGUCAUGGCCCGGGCGUUGGGCAUCCCCGUGACGGACCACACGUACGAGGACUGCCGUCUGAUGAUCUCAGCCGGGGAGCUGACACUACCGAUGGAGGCCGGCUUGGUGGAAUUCACCAAAAUCAGUCGCAAACUCAACUUGAAGUGGGACAACGUGAGGAAGGAGUUGGACGGUUUCGCCGCCAUGGCCAGCUCGUGUAAAGGAGGGCGCAUCACCAUCAGGGAGUUUGCCGGCUUCCUCAAACUCCCAGUCAGCCCCGCCCUAGAGGAGCUCUUUGCCCUUUUUGACAGGAAUGGCGAUGGCACCAUAGAUUUCAGAGAGUACGUCAUCGGAGUGACCAUCCUGUGUCGACCAGCCAACACUGAAGAUGUGCUGCGGAUGGCAUUCCGGCUGUUCGACACGGACGAGGAUGAGAGAAUCACACGAGAGGAGUUCACGGCGCUGCUGCGCUCUGCUCUGGGCGUGUCCGAUAUCAACAUGGUCAAACUUUUUAAAGAAAUCGACGCUGACAGCUCGGGUUUCAUCACGUUCAGUGAGUUUCAAGCCUUUGCCACCACCCACCCGGAGUACGCCAAGCUCUUCACCACCUACCUGGAGCUUCAGAGGUACCAGGCCAUCCAGGAGGUGAGGCCCGGCGACCUGGAACUGUCCGGUCAGGUCAGUUCAGGGGAAAGUCAAGAGGAGAGCACCUCGGAUAAGAAAGACGACUGAGAACCCAAUCCAUUGUCCACUCCCCUUUGGUCUGGUCAGAAUCAUGUCUUAGAUCGUGUGCUUGCGUUUUUUAGGCUUUUUUUUUUUUUUUUUAAGUCUUAGUGCCUUGUGGUGCAGACACACUACUUCCACCUACCGACGUUACAGCUAGGUCACAAUUGUCCCUUUUUUUAUGAUAACGAUUAUUACUAUAUCAUAUUGCAGCUUUAAGCUAAAAUUUUAUGAAUUACCUUCAAAAAUCAAUUUUGUGCAAAUAAAUGACAUUUUAAAAGCUUAAAAAUACUAGUAUUGAGCUAAACAAUGAGCGUGGAUGUAACUACAAAGUAGUGCGUUCUAUUUUGCCUCAGUCGCUUCAAGACAAGAUGAAUCAACCAUCAAUUCCGUACUGUCAAAUUCUAAACAGUCAGUAGUCACGCCCAUUCCCUCUUGUGCUCAACUCAAAUGAUGGGACAUGAUUUGUAAAGACACUAAGCGGUCCAUAAAGGCCGCAGAGAUGUCAAAGCAUAUCGUAGCAACACAAGAGAUGAUUGUGACAAGACGCAGAUCUAGUAUCUGGGCCAGGCUUCCGCUGCCAUUGAUGUUCCCAGGAACACAGGAGCCGCUUCUUGACUCAAAUUGUUAGAUCUUUGGGACAACCGCGACUUUUCCCAGAACCGAGCGGUCCUGCCUGAGGGAAGCCGCUUUGCGAUUACAGUGGAACCUCAAUACAAUCCAUAAGCAGUUCUUCCCGUAAGAAAUAAUGGUUGCAGAGUCAAACUGGCUGUCAUAAAACCUUUAUUAACUGUACAGGCCAUGUUUUAAGCAACAUCCAAGUGUAAACCACUCAUCUCCUUACAUUAUUAUUGUGUCAUUUUUAUUUUGCCAUGUAGCACUGAGCAGCCAGGACAGAGACGAGUCUACCGCCAUUUCCUGUUCGGUUUGUCGUCAUCACAUAGUCCCCUCUUUAUCUGGAGUCCACCAGUGUUAAACUCAAAUGAUUGUCAUGUUAGCCAUGUUGUGCUGAGCAGCCUGGACGGAAAGGCGCAUGUACCACGUGUGUUGCAAUGUUACCGCUAUGUUGCAUUCGGCUCCAUUUCCUGUCCUAUGGUUGUCAUCACACUUUUUUCUUCUCUUGGCCAUGUGAGUACACUUUAACUGGACAGUUUUGUGUUGUUCUAUGGUUAUCACCCACACACCCCUUCCCAAGGAGCACGUACCACUUUUGCGGCAGUGUUAACUCCUAUGUUGCAUUUAUUGCCAUUUCCUGUUCUAUGGUCAUCAUCACACUUUUUCGUCUUUGCCGUAACUCACACCCCACCUCCUCGCCCCCCACGAAAAGCCAAAGAAAAAGCACAAAAACACACUUGCUGAGCGUUGCUUCAGAAUCGGCUUCAUUGGUUUGACUUGUUAGAAGGUACAACAAUAGUAAAUAAGCGUGCACAUAAGGAGAAGGAGAAUGCUACUAUACAUAUUUACCAGGGAUGCUCCGAUCAGGGUUUUAUGCUGCCGAUACCGGUCAUCCAUGAGUGAAAUCGUCCGAUACAGAUACCGAUCACAUAGAUUAAGUGUAAAUGUUUAAAUUUGCUACUGUCUAUAUCUGGGGUCACAGAUGUUUGACGGACGUUGGUGACCCCUGGGCUAUAUGUUAUGAAAGGGGAUCCAUAAAAUUUUGCAUAUUGCAUAUAACAUAUUUGACUUAAUUUUUCAAAAUCACUGGUGAAACUUAGAGGAUCAGGCGCCUUCUUUAAGGAGACUUUGGAUGCGAGAUCAGCUUGAUGGCGCUCCGGCACGACCCCCCCGGCAGUCUGACGAAUCCAACCACGAAUCGCCUCUGCCACGCACACAUGGCUGCUACAUUAGCUGCCGCCCGACCGAUGAGUACAUCGCUACCCUCGAUAACUCACCACACCCUGCUAAGUGCCGCCCCCCCCCCAAAUGCCCCACCAGACUAAAGAUUCAUAACGCGCCAUCCCGGGGAGACAUUUUUUGUGGCAUGUACGGUGCAGAACUUAGGUAGGUCCCACACGGCAGACAUGCUUGUUCUGGCAUUGUGAAGGGAAAGUGGGCGGGAGAUGGUCGCUAUAGGCUGAAUGCUGCAGUGGGGGCGGAGCUGAUCGGCGUUAGUAUCUGCACAUGCCAGUACCGUGCUUUUUCACGGAAAUCGGCCAAUACUGAUCGGUGGCCGAUGGACCGGAGCACACCUAGUAUCUACAAUGUUACAGGUUACAAAUUCAGUGUUGUGUCCAGAACAGUACCUAGUGCAAAUGCUUUGUAAUCUACAGUAUAUGAUAACACCAAGGAUGCUUCUUGAGCUCAAGUCUCAUGCGAUGAGUUUUUGUGGUUUUCCAAAAUGUUUGUCCGUUUCCAAAUCGUGCAACCUUUAGGUUGUCAGCUUUUGAGGUUCUGCUGUAAUCUUUAAUUUAAAAGCUUUUAAAUGAAUUUUUUUGUUUUUGCAUAGUCUAUAUUAUCUCACAGCUGCAGAUGAAGAAUGUGUCAAGAGCAGGAAGGAGGCAGUAAACUAGAAAAAAAGAGGCAGAGAGGGAAUUACUGACUAGAAGACAUUGCUUUGGGCAUUAUGUUUUGUUUUGUUUUUUAACAGAAAUUCACAAAGAAGAUCAAAGAGGCGACAGAAAUUACUUGACAAUUCCCCCCGGGGUUGCUCCAAGAGAUGGUGGAAAAGUUAACCCAUUCAUCUGAAUGAGACACGUUUUGAUACGCACCACCCGCUUUGUUUAGGCAUAGGUUGCGCUGCGUUCGCGUUGCGUUCAGGACUAGUUCACAGAAAUUAUGCGUGCCACAAAUUUUGAACAUUUCCAAAUUUGGUACGCAGUCCCGCGCAGUUUACACACACUUCACACCUGUCUACCACCAAUUUAUUGCGUACCACUUCAGGGACAAAAUGCACGUGAGGCUUAAGGCUGCAACAUAACAAAUUGAUUCAAAUUGAACCACAUUGCUGCUGAUUGCAUUGUAUUGUGUGAUUUAGUCCUGAUUUCUUGUAAUAAGUGAUGCUAGUUGAAAGUCUCUUGAGCACAUUUGCAUAAAGGUUAGGAUGAAUAUUCCAUGUAACAUAUCACACUGUGCAUUCAUUCAUGACAUCAAGUUUAUGGGCACAUUUUAAGCAAACAGCCCAUGUCCAUAACCUCGUCACAAACCAUUUCUGAUGUGUUAGUCUAAUUAAAAAAAAAAAACAACAAAAAACAAGUGUUGGUGUUUUUAACAAAUGAAUUAUUGUGCUUUGACUUUGCUUAUGCCGGGUAUUAUUCCUAGUAUCGUUACCAUCAAGCCUUCACACGCAUCCUCCCACCCCCCAUGACUUUCUGUGAGUUCAUCAAACCAACACCUUACUACUUAAAAAAAAUAAUAAUAAAAAAUUGAAACGUCUGGGUGUAAUUAGUGUACAGUAAGCUUUAUUAGGAUCCCAGCAAGUGUUGCUAAUCCUGCAGAUGUUGUGUGUACUCAGGGACAUGGACCUUGUAAAGACAGCUGUAUAAUUAAGGAGAAGGUUUGCUUUGCAUGUUGUAUCUAUUUGCAUCCCCACUCUUCAUGUUUGGUGCUGACACAGCAAGAGCGUUCAAGCGGAAAUAGGGCAAUUUGUGAGCAAAAAGGCAAAUAGGAGAGUGUAUUCCGGAGGGGUGUACGUUCAGAUUAACAAGCAGUCAUCUUUUUUGGGGUCUGUUUGUUUUUUGUUUUUUUUUGUUGACGUUGCAAAGUUGAAAGUACAACAAGAAUGCAUUUUUAAUUGUUUUGCACUGAAGAAAAACUUGUUUGUUCAUAAUAAGGCAGACGUUGCCUUAAUGUGUCAUUCUCCAAUCUGGCACCAGGUGGCAGCAGACAUCUUACUAUCUUUUUAUGCUACUGCUUUCUUUUAUUUGACCUCCUCUUUCGUGCAUGCGUGCUCUGAAGUUUUAAAGACUUUUAUUUCAUGUGACUCCAAACAUUACUGCAAUGAUAACAAUUAAAUAUUGUAGCUCCUGUAAAUGUGACGUAAUUGUGAGCAAAAUAAAAAAAAAAUAAAGAUGCCAACCAUGA